CAGAUUUUGGCCUUUUCCAGGAGGACCCACAUCCUUGAAAUGCAUCGUUCAACCCUGUCGGUAUGCUAACUCAGCUGUGCUUACAACACACACACACACUCUCACCCGUGUUUGCUUCUGAUGUUGCGGCGUGCCAUUUCGUGAGCUGGGCCAUGCGAUUAGGUCUGCACUGCAUCUCAAUUCUCGGAGGAGAGGACGGUGGAAUUGGUUGGUGCAUCUUGAGAGUUUUUGUUUUUUCUGCUUCAGAACUUGACGUUUAGGGCACUCGCUUGGAGCUUGCUUUCAGUGCAAACUGUGAUUUUGCUCGCCUCCCUGCUCAUCCGCUGAGGAUGUAAUCUGAUACCUACAUUCAGCAUGUCUACAAGUGAUGGAUUAUCAAAAAUGGAGCUCAAUAUCCAAAUAUCUUCUCCGAAAGGACGUCUAUUGAAUCGACUAUCAAGUUUUCCUAGCAAUAGUUCCCCACUUCAUUCGAAGGGUGUUCCUCUUUCAUCUGACAACAACAACAACAACAACAACAAUUGGUGGGAAUGGGGAGGCUCAAACCUUUCGGGCGUUGCCUGCAUGGUGAUCUCAUCUAUAUCCUACAGCUUCAUGGGCCUGUUUGUGAAGCUUCUGUCAGUGAGCGGAGUCCCAUCUUCGGAAGUAGUUUUGUGCCGGUGUACAAUUGUAGCAGUAUUGGCUGGAGCAGGGCUGAAGAGGAUGAGGCAUCCGUUACUAGGAAGUCCUGAAGUGAGGCAGUUGGUAUUGGCCCGUGCAUUUGUAGGUUACAUUGCCCUAUCCACAUACUUUUACAGCAUUCAAGUGUUACCUUUGCGGGAUGCAACAGUGCUCAACUUCACAAUGCCCAUCUUCACAGCAAUUUUGGCAGCUCUUAUGUUGAACGAGAGAUGGGGAAAACGUGAAGCUGCCGGGACUUUUUUCAGCUUUCUGGGUGUCAUCCUUGUUUCACAACCGCAGUUUAUGUUCUCAGGAGAUGCAACAGUGGAUCCCAUGAACAACAUCGCCGUGGGUAUUGUAGCGGCCUUAUUAGGGUCCUCUUUAGGAGCCCUUUCAUAUGUUAUUGUGCGAUCAAUUGGUCGACAGGGUGAACCGCCACUGGUCUGCGUCUUUGCCUUCGCUGCUUUUUCCGCGCCGUUUUCUGCAGUGGCCAUGUUUUUUCAGGGGCUCAAAGUUCCGAUCCUAAUUGAGGCAGCUGGAUUGGUGAUGGUGGGAUUGACAGCAUUUACUGCACAGGUAUUUUUGACAAGGGGCCUGCAAUUGGAAAAGGCUGCGAAGGCCUCCUCUCUUCAACAUCUUAAAGUAAUCUGUACCUACUUGCUUGGAGUGGCAUUUUUGGGUGAAACUCCGUCGCUGGUAAGUUUCCUUGGGGCCUUGCUUGUAGCUGGCAGUGCGAUUUCUAUCACAAACAGCAAGAAUUGAACCAAAGCAACAAUCAGCCUUCGCUUGAAUCAGAUACAUCAGCAAGGAGAAGCUGUCAGCAUACAGCGAGGUUAGGAGAAUCCUAGUCUAAUCCUAGUCUAAUCCUAGUCUAGUAUCAGUUAAAUACAUUAAUUAGUGUAUGGGUACAUGACGCAAUGGGAAAACCUCUUCGUGAAGGUGGAGCUUGAAGCAUGCUUUUAAGUUCGGUCUGCAACCUUAUUCCACAUGAAAGUGGAUGUAAGUGCCAUGACAUGAUAAUUGAUACUGGUUGAAACGGUUGAGUGCCAAGUUGUCCACCGUGAUGUAUUUCUGACCCUGAAGCAAACACCACUGUGUUCGGUGUGAAUUUUCAAA